AUGAAGUUCUCUAUUGCGAUUGCCCUUGCUCUUUCCGCCAACGGUGCUUUCGGCCACUAUAUUUUUAAUAAGCUCAUUGUCAAUGGCGUUACGGGCGGAGCGUUCUCAAACAUUCGCCCCGUUUCCAGCAACUCUCCAGUAGAAGACGUCUCAUCGACCAACAUGCGUUGCAAUGUUGGAGGCGCAAGCGGAAGCAGCACUACUACUACUACAUUCCCUGCCGGUUCCACUAUCGGCUUUGUUCUCGAUAACACCAUCUACCACCCUGGCCCUCUCGCAGUCUAUAUGGGCAAGGCUCCCUCUGGCACCACUGCUGCUUCAUGGGACGGAUCAGGUGCUAACUGGUUCAAGGUUUACGAGAUGGGUGCAGACUUUAACCCAUUCAAGUUCCAGUCUAUGGACAAAUCGACAUUCACCUUCACUGUCCCCAAGACCAUCCCAUCUGGAGAUUACCUCAUCCGCAUUGAGCAAAUCGGGCUUCAUGUUGCCGGUGCCCCGCAGUAUUAUAUCUCAUGCGCGCAGGCCACUGUGACCGGAGGAGGCAACGCCCAGCCAUCAAAGGUCUCCAUCCCAGGAUAUGUUACCAAGGACGAUCCUAGUCUCACUGUCAACAUCUGGAACCCUGUUCCCACUGCCUACAAGGUGCCAGGCCCGGCGGUCUUCUCAGGAUAA